GAUCACGUGAUCUGUGGCACAAAAUGAAAACAGGAAGUAGUGUGCAACAGAAACGGAGCAGAAAGAAAGAGUUGGAGAGAGUUGAGGUUUUAAUCACGUCAAAAGAAAAAAAAAAUGGGGUUCUUUACAAGUUACAGCUGUGUGUUGUUUGUGUUCUUCUGUGGGAAUUUGAUGUUAGGCGAGAUCUCUGUUCAUGCCGCAGAACCGAGUGGAGAUGAAGAUCUAAAAGCGCCUUGGUUGAACGAGGACAGCUACUUUCCUUCUCUCCGUCUGUCCUCUUCCUUCCCGGAGGAUGUGGAAAUGAUUGAUCAUUGCUUAAAGUUGCUGCAUGAUUUCGGUCAGAGAUAUACAAGCUUAUCUAGCUGUCUGGUGUCCAACGCACGUCCUGUUAAAAUGUGUCAGAACUGUUAUAGCGGUUAUAACAAUUUCCUGGAGAUGUAUACAAACAUAUCAACACAGAUGGGUUCUGGGAACAAGAGCUGUGAAGAGCUGCUGCUGCAUGCAGAUAGGCUGAUGCUCCUGUACAACCUUUACAAAGGCUUAAAUGACAUCUGGGAAUCGGCUGAAUGUACCAGUUGUCUGACCAACAAAAGCAUGUCGAAUACCACACUUUACUUCAUAGAUCGACACAACCAGUCGCUGACCUGCUUUGAGAAAUACUCGCAAGGGAACUACUCGGAGCUGUGUGUAGAGUGCAAGACUUCCUAUAAAGUACUCAAUGAUCUGUAUAGUAACAUGUCAAAAAACAAGAGUCUGUGUAUUGAUGUGGAAGACGCGAUGAACUCGACGCGGUAUUCGUGGAGCAAGGUAUACAACUGUUCGUUGACGCGUGAGGAGAACGUGCCAGUCAUCGCCGUUUCCAGCUUCAUGCUCUUCCUUCCGCUCAUCUUCUACUUGAGCAACUACCUGCACUCGGAACAAAAGAAACGCAAGCUGAUGCACCCCAAAAGAGCCAAGUCCAGCCACAGCCUGAUGAAUAUCCAAGACAAGUACAGCUGAAUGCAGGAGACAGGAAGAGGAGCAAGCGAGGAGAACUUUUACAUUCUUCCAAAAGGAACGUGCCUGGUGGAUGUGAGCUGGAUUGUAAAAAAUCCAUGGACUUUAUGAUUAUUGUUAAAGUAAACAUCACUUAUUCUGAACAUAUUUGUCAAAUUUUUUGUGCUGAUUUAACCCCCCCAAGCCCUGGUGUUUUGCUGAUCAUGUGAACGAAUGCAGUAUGUUGAUGACAGGAUGGACUACUCCGUAAAGAUCUGUGACUUUUGCCUUGCGAGACGGCGCGCUGACGAGCUCUAGGUGAGACUGGUUAUGCCGUCAUCCCGCUGCAACCAAGAGAACAUCAUCUUGCCUGCUAAAAGCUUUUAUUAUUUAUUUCUUUCGGGGUAGCGGGACUUGUACAUAUAACAUAGCAGCAGUAGCGCUGUUGCAAGCACUUGAUGUCCAUUAGUGAUCCAUUAAUAAAUACAUGGUGCAUGUGUGGAGUGAAGAGGUAAAAGCAAUGGAUGAAAUGAAAGGAGAAUGCACUAAAGAACUAUGCAGGGCACGUGAUGCUUUGGCCGAGCCUUUUCUUCUUGUUUUUUUUUUUUUUUUUUUGUAUACGAAGCAACCAUCUCUACCCUUUGUGCUACUAAUGUGUUUUUUUUUUUUUUUGAGUCACUAUUAGGUCAUGAUGUAGCAGUCUGACUGGUUUUCUGAUCAAGAACAGAAGAGAGAUAUAAUGUGCAUAAAGACUGGAAGAGUUAA